AUGGCGGUGGAGUUCGCGGCGGAGAUGAAGGCAUUUAACGGAUCGACGGGGAUUCCGAUAAGGGAGAGGACCGAUGACACCUCAGCGGACAUAUACGGUGCGUCUGAGGAUGUCCUCGGAAGAUGGUUCGCUGCAAACCCCGAAAAGCGCAAGGACUUCUUUUUGGCCACGAAGUUCGGGAUUGGUCCCUCAUCAGAAUCGCCGCGCGGAUACAAGAUAGAUUCGACGCCGGAAUGCUGCCGUGAGGCACUGGAACGAUCGCUGAAGCGUCUUGAUUUGCCGUAUGUGAACUUUUACUAUGUUCAUCGCUUGGAUAAGGUCACACCAAUUGAGAAGACCAUGGAAGCCAUGGUGCAACUGAAGCAAGAGGGCAAGAUCAAGCUUAUCGGUCUGAGCGAGUGCAGUGCCGAGUCGUUGCGUCGUGCGCAUGCGGUACACCCCGUCACAUGUGUGCAAGUGGAGUACAUUCUGUUCUAUUUGGCCAUUGAAUCACCCCAGGUUCGACUUCUUGAGACCGCACAGGAGUUGGGCGUGGGAGUUGUGGCGUACAGUCCACUCGGGAAUGGGGACAUCAGUCGCCCUGGCAAUUCACGGAGAGUCUUACCGGGGCUUCAUGAGAAGAACCUUGCUAAGACCUGGCUGUUGUGGAUACGAUUUUCGCCAUCGCCAAACAAAAAAGGGGACGAUAUAUUCGCUAUCCCGGGAAUCACAAAGAUCGAACACUUAGAAGAGAACCUGAGGAGCGUCUUUGUCCGCGUUUCAGAGGAGGAGGAACCUUGCGAACUGUGUCAAUCGUCGGGCUUUUCAAGCGGUUCUGUAUGCAGAGCUACUCCAAUAUAUCAAUAA